ACGGCAUUGAAUCUCGCCGCGCUCUUCCGGGCAUGUGCACCGCUGUCAGACACAAAACGUAAACAAAGUUUGAGUUGUAGUUUUAUGAGCAGCCCUCAGUUCACCACCGCGGUGGGGAGAUGGGCUCGGUUCGCUGGGCUUUCCGCUGCGGGUCGUGGACACCGAGCCGGUCCGAGUGGCUGCUCGCUGCUCGCUGCAUUCAGCGGGAAGAGAAAGACAGGAUCGGACAGUUUGUGUUCGCCAAGGACGCCAAAUCAGCCAUGGCUGGCAGGUUGUUGCUGAGGAGAUUUGUGUGUGAGAAGAUGGGGAUCCCCUGGUCGGAGAUCAGACUGGAGCGAUCUCCCAGAGGGAAACCGUACCUGGCUGCACCACUUCAGGUCAGUUCAGAUUCAGGCCCUGAACCCCCGGCCUGGAGCUUCAACCUGUCCCACCAGGGGGACUACGCUGUGCUCGCUGCAGAGCGGGGGAAGCAGGUCGGAGUGGAUAUAAUGAAGACCACCAUGCCAGGUAGCAGCUCUGUGCCGGAGUUUUUCCGCAUCAUGACUCGUCAGUUUACAGCGUACGAGUGGAGCGUCAUCCAAUCAGCCGGCUCUGAGCACCAGCAGCUCGCCACGUUCUACCGCCACUGGGCCCUGAAGGAGAGCUUCAUCAAAGCCAUCGGCACGGGUCUGGGUUUCAACCUGCAGCGGGUGGAGUUUCACCUGCCCUCUGAUCCGCUCACUCAGGGCCAGCCACUGAGCCAGACCAGGAUGCAUCUAGAUGAGGAAGAAGAAGAGGAUUGGAUAUUUGAAGAGAGCCUCCUGGAUGAUGCUCAUCAUGUUGCUGUAGCACUCGGACCAGCGGACAAGCCAGGCUCUGCACUUCUUCAUCCAUCUCUUCCUCCUGCCACCACAUUCACGCUGCUGUCGUUCAGUGAGCUCAUCGCCUCAGCCUCACCUCUGACAGAGGAAGACUCCGCCUACUGGGACAGCUUCAAGAUGAAGGCUGAAGCUCCACAGAGACAGAGAGAUACACACACAUCCAAAUGACCACCUGUCUUACACUGACACUCACCGGCCACACACACACACACACACACACUUCAGAAGUGCCAAAAGAGCACACAUACACUGACAUUGAAGCUGCUUUCUCAUUCAACACAAGUCAAGUCCAAACAGUCAAGUUUAUUUAUAAAACCAAAAAUCACAGGUUUGUCUCAGAGGAUUUCAGGAUCCAUACAGCAUCUAACACCUUAUGUCUUCAGGUUCUCGGGGUUAUAGAUCCACUGCAGGUGGGGCAUGGAUGACCAAAUAUGAAGUGGAACAAAGAAUUUUCUGUUUUUAUUGUAUUGACCUUUAUUUCACUAACAUUCAACUUGGAUCCUUUUUUAUUAGUUUUGCAUUCCCUAUCAUAGUUAAUGAUGAUUUUCGAGCCUUCAAACAACACACUGAUCGAAAGACAUUGCUCAAAUGGUGUAUAUAGUGUAUAAUAUGUAGGAUAAGAAAUGCAUAAUUCACAGAUGAAUAGGUUAUGAUUUAUUGAAUAUAUUUACUUUUUAGUCAAAUUCCUAUGUGGAUGCAAGGAUCAAAUAAACGGCUGUAUGUAACCAUGUAUGUGCACAA